GCCGCCCCCGCCCCCCCCUCCGCCUCCUGAGGCGAGCCGGGGGUCGUCAUGGCCGCCCGCCCCCUUAGGCAGCAGCGGCGGGCCACCCCCAUCCCCGCGGCCGCCCUGAGGCGAGGCCAGGCGGGCAGCAGCCCCGGGGGCGGCGGGGAGCCCCCACCCCCUCAUUAAUUAUCACCGUUAUUCUCACUCCCCCCCGAACCCCUCCGCCCCCCUCGGGCAGAGCCCGCCGCGGGGGGAGCGGGGGCCGAUCGCUCCCUGCCCGCCGAGGGGGGCACGGUGUCUUCUUCUUUGGGACGCGAUGUCUUAUUUGGUGUGGGUGGAUGGCUUAACUUGCUGGUAAUUUCUGCUGCGUCAACACCCAGCUCAAGGGAGAGGAGAAGAGACAAGGGGGCAUUUUAACAGCAGCUCCACUUGCGAAUAGCCAGCCUCAAUCCCGGCUCCAGCAUUAAAACCCUUUCCGCCCCCUAAAAACCAGCAUCCGUGCAAGUUGGACCAAGAGUUUGUCAGGAGUGUGGUUCAAAACUGCUUGGAAAAAGGGAUGAGGAUAUCUGAUGAACCUUUUGGAGCUUGUUACCAGAGACCAUUCUUCUCUAUUCAUUAAAUCAUGUGCUAUCCAGCAGUGAAACAUUGUGACGUUUGUUUUUGUUAGCAGAAAAAAAAUUAAAAUAUUGUUCUGUCUUUCUCCUAUAAGAGUUCAUACCAGUGCUAUUGGAAGGUUGCAGAAAAGUGCACUACCUGUGCUGCCCUAGGGCUGUUGAUGUCCUCAGCUGUUGUAGGAGAAACACUAGACCUGGAACCCAGUUUGUUACUGGACUUGUGGAAGAGGAAGCACAAAGAUUUCCAAAUGAAUAACCGAAAAGAAGAUAUGGAGAUUGCUUCCCACUACCGUCAUCUGCUGCGUGAGCUUAAUGAGCAGAGACAACACGGCAUCCUCUGUGACGUUUGCAUUAUAGUAGAGGGGAAGAUAUUUAAGGCUCACAAAAAUGUUCUGCUUGGGAGUAGUCGCUACUUCAAAACGCUGUACUGCCAGGUACAGAAAACCUCUGACCAGGCCACAGUCACCCAUUUAGACAUUGUAACUGCACAAGGCUUCAAAGCAAUCAUUGACUUCAUGUAUUCUGCACACCUAGCACUGACUAGCAGAAACGUCAUUGAGGUGAUGUCAGCUGCUAGCUAUCUGCAAAUGACAGAUAUCGUACAGGCCUGUCACAACUUCAUAAAAGCAGCUCUUGACAUAAGCAUAAAGUCUGAUGCCUCAGAUGACCUUGUUGAUUAUGAACUUGGAGCCCCUUCCAGCAGUAGUACUGAUGCUUUGAUUUCAGCAGUCGUGGCUGGCAGGAGUAUAUCUCCCUGGUUAGCUCGGCGAACAAGUCCAGCAAACUCUUCUGGAGAUUCAGCUAUUGCCAGCUGCCACGAAGGAGGGAGUAGUUAUGGAAAAGAGGAUCAAGAACCAAAAACAGACAGCCACGAAGACAUUUCAUCCCAGUCUCUUUGGUCUAGUGACAUGGGCUAUGGGUCUUUACGUAUCAAAGAGGAACAGGUUUCGCCAUCACAUUAUGGAGGGAGUGAACUACAUUCUGCCAAGGAUAGUGCAAUACAGAAUGCGUUCUCAGAUCAAGGAGUAGGGGAUGGCUGGCAGCCCACUGGGCGCAGGAAGAACCGAAAAAACAAAGAAACUGUGCGGCAUAUCACGCAGCAAGUGGAGGAUGACAGCAGGGCAAGUUCUCCGAUGCCAUCUUUUUUACCUGCCUCAGGAUGGCCCUACAGCAGUCGAGACUCAAGUGCUGACGUGACAGUAACAGAGCCCAGCAGCUCUGACAGCAGGGUGGAGCGAUCAGACCCCUACGCGAAUGUUGACGAAGCCCUAAUCGGUGGGGAAGCCAGCUACAUCUCUCAGCCCCUGACUCCAGAGAAGGAGGAUGCACUCCAGGCUGCCACCGUUGCCAACCUGCGUGCGGCUCUCAUGAGUAAGAACAGUUUGCUGUCUCUGAAAGCCGACAUGCUGGGAGAGGAUAGUUCUCUGCUGUUUGAGUACUUACCCAAAGGCACGCAUUCUCUCUCUCGGCCUGGCACCAACUUGAAUCGUUCAAGGGGCGAAUGUGAUGGCAAAGUGGAAGCACCAUCUCCCCUGCUGCCUUCAUCACACCUUGCCACUCAGAGCCCCCCUGAGAUCUGCUCCUCUGGUGAAAUGUCACCAGAAACCAUGAUAAAAGGAGAGGUGCCUUCCUCAGCCCAGGCCACUUAUGAUGGAUUUUUAGCACUUUGGCAGUUUGAUAACUCUGAUUCAGAUAUGAGUUUCUCGAGAUCUGAAGACAUGGACAUAACCACUGGUGGCCUGUUCCUGGAUUCAGCCCUAGCCAAGAGGCUGACCUGUGGUUUCUGCAGGAGGGUUUUCCAGUGUGCUGAAGAGCUGAAGGAGCACUUCCACGAGCAUGUUUUCUCCAUGCUUCUUCCAUUUGACUUGGUCGACUGCUCCCAGCCUGGCUUCGCUGACAGCGUGCCUCCUGUCCAGCUCGCCCGCUUCCAGUGCUCCAAAUGCCCCGCGAGCUUCACUCUGAAAUCAAACAUGGAUCGGCAUGAAAAGACCAUCCACUUCAACUUCAACGAGUUCACAGUCAUCAGGAAGAAAUUCAAGUGCCCGUACUGCAGUUUUUCGGCCAUGCAUCAGUGCAUCCUGAAGAGACACAUGCGAUCCCACACGGGAGAAAGACCCUAUCCCUGCGAGAUCUGUGGGAAGAAGUUCACCCGCCGGGAGCACAUGAAGCGGCACACCUUGGUCCACAGCAAAGACAAAAAGUACGUCUGCAAAGUGUGCAACCGAGUGUUCAUGUCUGCAGCCAGCGUGGGGAUUAAGCACGGCUCUCGCCGCCACGGGGUUUGUGCCGAUUGCUCUGGUCGAGGCAUAGCUGGUCACCUGGACCACAACGGAGGAGAUGGCUCUCCAGACGAGUGCUACCCCGGGGAAGGCCAGUACAUGGAAGACCCAGAUGACAUCAAAGUGGAAGGAGACGAGGAGAUGGGAGAUGAUGAUGACAUCAAGUGGAAGGAUGAUGUGGGAAUGUCACAAGAUGAUGUGAUUUUAGAUGAUGACAAAGAUGUCGACUCUCCGCAGGACCAGGACAACUCUGGAGAGAACGACAAGGAUUUUGCCUGGAUUUCUUAGGGAUUUUUUUUGUUGUUUUUUGUUUUGCUCUGUUGUUUGUAGGGGGAGGGAGGGUGGGGAGGAAGGAGUAUGUUGGAAAAACUAAGUAGCCUUGUUGUCGUCCAUGUGUGCAAAAUAACUUGUGUUUUCUAAACAAGUCCUUCUCUGUUCCACUCAGAUACUGUCUUAGCAAUGUCGCUUCCAGCGACGUAACUGACUUCGCCUUCCCCCUUCUCCUUUCAUGAACAAUCCUGACCGCGGCCGCCCCUCCGGCCGAGCCAGCCAGGUUGCAUGCAAGUGAGGUGGAGUUUCUGCAGGUGUGAGCGCUGUGCGAUGGGGAGGCUGGGUGAAGCAUGAGUCCUUGUACCCUUCCCACCCUGAACUGAACACUGGGUUGAUUCUAGUGUCCAAAGCAGGGGUAUUUUUGGUGGUGGUUGGUUAUAUUGGGUUGGUUGGUUGGUUUGUUUUUUUUAACACCUUGUCUGUGUGCUGAAAUCCCAGCAGCAGUGGAAUUACAAGCUAACGUUGUGAAAGCAAAUUGAUGUACGUGUUGGAGGGCUUCCUUGAUGAUACAGGCCUUUGCAAAGUUAUUUAAAGAGAGUUUUUAUUACUUUUUAUGGAGCUAAAUCGAUCAAAAGGCAAGUCAGAUUACAGCCUUAUGAAUUACUGUCUUAGAUUCUUAGCUUCCAAAAGCAUCACCAUCAAAAAAGAAAGGAUAUGGUAUUUCUUGGACCUACUGGCAUCUUACCCACAUCCCAUCUUCCAGCCUUGGUUAUUCGCAGUCGCUGAAAUGCGUAUUGGUGCUUCCAGAAGCACCCUUUGCUAUAAAAGACACAGGUAAUUAUCUACCUGUCAUUCUUCCCUGCAAGUAUCUUCACCUUCUCCCUUUGCUCAGCUGCCUUUUUCGUAAAUAUAUGCAAACCAUAGCAAAAACGAGGCAUUUGGCAAAGUGCAGGAUGAACUGGGAAGUGCAAGAAGCCAAGGUGAGGAGAUCCCAGCUGGGUGGAAAUCUUGCUGCUCCUGUCCCGUAGACUUUGCUGGGGCCAGGAAUUUACCUGGGUGCAUUGUUCUUCCUUGCCAAGCUAAAAAAUGUCAUUGAUCAUUGGUAGGCAUAACGCCUACUUAAUUCAUGACAAAAACCUUCAGUUUUAGCUGCACUGGUUACAUGUAAAUUUCCAAAUAAACUUUUUUUUUCUUUUUUUAAAGAACCACCAGGUUUGGUUUUUUUUCCCCAGCAUCUCCUAACAGAGUCUCUGGGGCUGCUCCAGGUAGUUGGAUUCUCCUUGUUCACAGCGGCCACUGUUGCCUUCUUCCAGCUACACCUAAACAACAGCAGCAACAAAGCGUGUUGGAAGUGUCUUCUUCCUGUGAAGCAGCUUAUUUUACCCUUCACCUCUUUGCUUCUGGUGCUUUCUUAAACAAAUAAAAAAAAAAAAGGUGAAGACCUCACUCCUUCCUUGCUGUGGAACAACUGUAUACAGUGUCUGUGACGGUGGUAUCUGGAAACCUGCCACGAAAGACAACCUGUUACCAGAAAGCCAAAUGACUUAACGGUGCUAUUUUCCUCCCAUGGUGGGGCAGGCGAGCGGGGUGGCGAGCGUUCUUGCAGGUCAGGUGGUCCUUAACAAAAAGCGUGGUUCCACCCAGCAAAAGAAAUAAAAAGUAUAUUGUACAGUAAACCCCAGUAAAGUAAAUAAUCUUGAAGGAUUUAAGCCCCUCGGUGCCGGGAUCUGGUGGAGGAUGGUGGGAGCCUUGGUCCUGGCACCUGCAGUAGCCGGAUCUUUAUUCAUUCCUCGAUUUAAGUUGCAUCCUGGGUUUUAGUGUUUGAUGCCUUUUUCUGCUCCUUGGUUCCUUGCAAACGUUUGCUGCCGCCUUUCUGUGUCCAUCAUCCUGGUUGAUGCUAACAAUUGCCGCCUGGGAGCCUCCAGCAGCUCCCAGGCUCCUGGUCUAUUGGUUUUAGUGCACGUCAGUGAUUUGGAAACCUGGGUCUUUCCUAAAAUCCUCUGUUUGGCUCGGUGAGGCCACACGAGCACCAUCGCUGCUGCUGCUGCUCGUUAGGACUGAAGGGGUUAAGGGUGCUUUUAGCCAGUGAGAGUGGAUAACUCUCUUCUUUUAAAUACUUAAAGAAUAGAGCUGCAGGGUCACACAGAAACAUUUUUAUUAAACUUUAAAAAUCUAAUUUUGCUUUUUAGCUUCUUGUAAAGCCUUCCUACUGUAUUUAAAAAGAUAUAAACAAACCCAGUAUUUUACGAUUGGACCUUUGUACACUUUUUUUUUCCCCAGCAGUUGUAGCAGCUGGGGGGUCCCAGGGCGAGGUCGCUGUUUCAUUACCCUGACUUUUGCCUCUUGGAGCGCAGGCUCUGUAUUUAUUGUCAUUUAUCCUGUAAAUAUGGAGGGGGGGUAGGGGGUGUCUGAGGUCCUGAACUUGCAGCCUCACCUGUUACAUGUAGACAAAUACAUACAGUACUUUAAAAGAUAUCUGUAGCUUUGCUUUUUGUAUGUAAAAAUCUAUUUAAAAAAACUUUAAAACCCAAACUGUUCAAAACCCCUCGGUUUCUGUGACAUUCCAUCUUGCCCAUCUACUGCGAUGCCGGUGUGUGCAUCUGCUGUUCGAUCUUCCGAGGAGGAGCAGGAGGUGUUGGUCCGAGCCCUCCUCUUCCUCACUCCUCCUUGCCCUCGCCCUUGGGUGACUCGAUCUUUGUAAUCAGAGUUAUGGGGUGCUUAGCUUUACCUUGCAAUUCCUUUGGAAACAUUUCAUAUUUUCUUUUCUUUCCUUUUUUUUAAAGGGUGGGCAGCAAGGCGGGUGGCUUUCAGAGUGUUUCCCAGUAGUGCCACUUUGAAGCUCUUUGAGCCGAGGAUGCAAAAAGUAAAUUGAAAAAAGGAGAGAAAAACAGAAAAUCCACGUAAAAGCUAACAUUUACAAUGUUGCCAUUAUAAUCUAGCACAUGCUUCUAUAUUACUAACAUAGACUAUAUAUACCAAAUAAAAUCCUUCUAACACCUGACGUAUAUUUUAAGUGCUUUGUUUUGAUGGAGGCAUGCAGAUUUGGAAAUGCAGGGAUUAGUCUUUAAACUUCUGUGCUCCGGCUGGUGCUUUAUGAGGUUUGGGUUCAAAAAAGGAAUUUGGGCGCUAUUUUGAUGCUGAAACUUUAUAAAACUUCAUCAGUUGCUCCGUGCGACCGGACCUCUCGGGAUCCUCUCCGGGCGCCUCUCGGAUCUGCUGCCUAUGCAAACUUCUGCUCUUUGAGAUUUAAACAAAAAACCGAUAACUCUGCCUGUUCUAUCCAACACUAGCUCAAGUAACCUCUAGCAUCUCGUCUUUGUAUUUCCCUUCAGGGCUUUGUAUACUUCACUGAGGUUCCCUUUUUUUAAUUUUUUCUAAGUAUAUAUAUGUGUGUGUGUGUGUGUGUAUAUAUACAGAUUUCAUUUCAAAAAACUAACUCCCUUAUUGGUAAAAAACUGAUACGCUUGGUCUCAGUAACUCGCACCUCUUUUUUAAGUAUUCAUAUGUACUUGUAAAUGUUCCUCCCUGCAUCUAUUAUCCUCAUUUUUUUUAAGUACGGAAGUGUGCCAGGAGUACAAAAAGCAUUUCGAGCCGUGCUUUGCGACCGUCUCGCGCAAAACAGGGUGCGAACAGCCUCGUCCUGCCCUCGCCCUCCAGAAGUCCUCGAGGAACGCACGAGGUGGGCCUUGUCUGGAAUUGCUUUUGGAGAAUACCUUAAUGAAGACGAAAGAGGUUCUUGCGAGGCCUUCCGUCAGUUUGGUUUUUCCAAAAAUGUUAUUUAAAAGUCAUAAAUUACCCAGUUUUGUAUAUUUUAUGGUCACCCGAGAGCCUCGCAGCUACAGAGCGAUUUUUGUGCCGAGGUGAGAGGGGGAUGUGUCUAAUGAAGGUUGGCAAACUGGCUGUCUUUUUUAUUAUUAUUAUUAUUUAAUCAAAAAAUCAGUGGUUUGGACUACAAAAGGAAUAUUUUUCGUACAAAAGGAAACCCGCUCUAGCAUUAGUUCCCGUUUUAUUUCUUCUCUCAAUUCAUGCCUUUAAAUAUUCCGCUUCUCCAAAGCGAAAGCCGCAUUGCUUUGGCGUUUGGGGUGUGUGUGUGUGUGUGUGUGUGUUUUGGGAUCGAUGACCUGGUUGGGGGCUCGGUUUGUGGCCCCGAGGGAGUCCCCGUUCCCUGCAGGGCCGAGGCUGAGCCCCCCCGGGCACCCCCAUCCCCGCCUCCACGCGUCCCAGUUUGCACGUCGCCCUUUAGGAAAGAAACUCCAUGAAAAUAAUGCAAAAACUGGAAUUUUUUGCAAUAUUAUGAAAGAUAAUCUUAUUUUAGCUCAUUCUGUGACAUGUGCAACUCCUAAGAAAGCCAUACUUAAUGGUUCUUUUUAUUUUUUAGAUUCUAUAUUGUGUUUUGAAUUUCUGCCUUUUUUUUUAGUUCUGCAUAGUAAGAGUGCUGUGUGUAUGCUUUCAUAUAUAUUUAUUUUUCAACGUGCUUUAAACCUGUCUACAAAAAUAAAGCUAAAGAAACAAAUGAAAAAGGACAGUGUUUGAAGAUUGUUGAUUAUUUUUUUUGCUGGGAAUAUUCUAUAUUAUACUGACUUUAUAUUAAUUAUUAUAAACCUGUGUUUGUAUUGAAGAUGUGUUUAAUAUUUUGGGGAGGUUGAGGAGAUUUUAGUAACCAGAAGUCAGUGGGAGAACAUGGCUGUGUUGUACUGAUUUUCUGUAAAUGUAGUUCAGGUAAAUAUGACCUUAUUUUCUAGUUGAUCUCCCGGUUUUUCGUCUGCCUGGGCAUGCCGGAGGCGUGCCUCUUGAGUAUAAUUACUUUGUGAUGGGAUUUAGCUUAGACAUACAUGCAAAAAAUCAAUCAGUUUCAAUAAAUUGGGAAAUUGCUGCUACAA